GUGUGUAUUUGUACAUUUUGUAAAUAAAGUUUUAUAGUUUAUAAUCCAGUAAAUAACAAUUUCAUCAAGAAAUUGUUUCUCAUAAUUUAGCUUUGAAAUUUAUAUCUUUCUAAAAUUUGAUUAAUGAAAAUAUUAUAUUUCUUUUUUUAUUAAUAGUCAAAAUUCUAUAAAUCAUUUUAAUAGCUCAAAUUCUUGUUUGUAACAAAGUGUAAAAAGCUUUUGGUCAAAAAGAACAAAAGGGAUUAAUAAAUCUAUUUAUCUCUUUCAUUUUUGUAAGACCUGAUAAUAAGGAAACAGACAAUUAAGUCCCAUUGUGUUACAUAACCAUAAGCUCAGGCCAUACCUUUAGGGGAUUGAGAGUUUAAAUUAUUUACUGACACGAUAAAAAUAUACUUUGUCUUGGAAACAAUUAAGAUUCUUUUAUUUCAUUGGUCAAAUGUUUUAAUUCUUAAUCUGGUAUAAAAAGCUAUGCGUCCCUGGAUGCCGCACUGAUUUUAUGUGCGCAUCCAGAAUAAAGUAUUUGAACUUAUAAAAGUUUUACUUAUACAUUUCAGCCAGCAACCAAAGACCUAGUGUCGUUUCUGUUGUUCGGUUUAACAAUAAGUGAAAGAAAGAACUACAAGUACCCCCGUACUGUACAAAACACCAAAAAUUACAGUACAAAAAGUGGUGGAGCGAUCCAAAAAUCCCGGAGACAGAAAUUGUUAUGAGAACAAGAGCAACAGCAACAACAACAACAAGCCCAAGUAACAACAUGCCUGCAGGUGGAACACCAGUUAAUUCGAAUAGAAAUUCAGCCUCAACGUCAACAAACACAACAUCGUCCUCUAUAUUGCCGCCAUCAGGACCACCGCCAGCCCCACCAUUACCGUCUGAAACCACAUCUACCAGUGUAAUCCAACCAACAACACAACCAACAACAGUUAUGUCAGCUGUAUCCCAGAAUCCAAACUCAACACCAGUAAGUCAGUUUAACAUUAAUCAUCAAAACAAACCUCACAUCCAUCCGAUCAAGCCUUUUGAUGGAAAUAGUUCAGUGGUUCAGUGGUUCAAAUCUUUCAUGAUAUACAUGAAUAUCAUGAAUUGUUCAGAACAAACAAUUGUACAGUCAUUUCCACACUUUUUAGCAGACAAGGCACAGCAAUGGUUCCUAAGCCUUAAUGAACAAGUAGUCACCCUAAAUAGACUGCAAGAACUUUUGUACACAAGAUUCAAGCCAACACCUCUAACGGUUGAAAUGCUUCAAGUUGAACAAGAAAAGUCAGAGAGUGUUGAUGAUUAUAUUCACCGUGUAAUGAAAAUGUGUGCAGAUGCAAACCUGCAGGAGAUCCAACUAAUGACAAAAGCCAUGAGAGGUCUGAGAGCUGCUAUUGCUAGGAUUGUCAUGCCUCAAAGUCCAACCAACAUAGAAGAUCUAAGGGUAAAAGCGAAUUUGGCAGAAACUACCCUACGUGUAACAAGCAAGGAACAAGACAGUGAUUUUCAUGCCUCAGUGAGUUACAUCACACAACACCUAGACUCAAAAUUGGAACAAAUCAGACUUGAAAAUGAUGCAGUCAUAGCCGCUGUUUCUGGAAAUUCAUACCAAAAUAAUGGACAACAAAAUAAUAGUCAACAACAACAAAGGCCAUACCAACAGCAACAGAGGUCUAAUUAUCAACAACAAAAUUCCUACCAACAACAGAGGCCAUACCAACAACAGCAGCAGAACCAGUACCCACAACAACAGCAAAACCAGUACCCACAACAACAACAGAACCAGUAUCAACAACAGAGAAAUCAACAACAAAGACCUUACAUGAACAGUCAACAAUGUCAUAGAUGUGGUAAAUUUGGGAACAUUCAUCAUACUGUAACUUUGGCAAUCAUGGUCCUUAUAACAUGUCUAGUGAUCAAACCAGUAACAGCAAAGACAAAUGAAGAAAAGAUGAAUGUAAUACAAAGAAUUAAUUAUGGAGUAAUAUUUAAACAAGAAUCAUUCCUGUAUAUGUCAUCAGAAGCUUGGUUGCAUACAUUUGAAGUAGAAUUACCCCAAAGUGUGAACUUGCCAAGAAUGUCAUUUUGUAUUGACAAUAAUAAUGAAUGUAGUACAGUAAAUAGUAUGGUAAAUUUUAUCCACUCAUUGCAUGAUUCGACUGAAUCACAAUUAUUUGAAACUAUCAAAGCUAUUCAUACAUUGGUACCACAAACUGAAUAUUUUUAUAACAAAAGAAGCGAAAGAUCACUUCUACCUUUCAUUGGCUCUAUGGCCAAAGGUAUUUUUGGUUUGGCCACAAUGAGUGAUGUUCACCUGUUAGCCAGACACAUAAAUGAACUAAACAAAAGAUCUCGUGUUAUGGCCAAUGUACUUCAGCAACAUGGUUCACAUUUCUCAUCGUUCAUGACCUUAAUAGACAACAGAACAAAUAAUCUAAUGAACGGUGUGAAAACAAAUGCAGCACAAAUAAAACAAAUUACAUACAAAUUUUAUAACUCAUUGACUUCUCUUCAGCAUUCCAUGACUAAUAUAUCAAAAAUAUUAAUAACCUUAGUAAAUAAUGCUAACAUUCUGAGAGAAAACCUAAAUCAGCUACAAUCAAGUAUUCAAAGCUUGGCUGAAGGUCGAAUCUCACCUUUUUUAUUACCAAAGCACAUACUAGCACAUUCUCUGCAUAAAAUCCAGCGAAUCAUGUCGGAAUCAUAUCCUGGAUUUCACCUAACGCAUUUUGAUCCUUCUUAUUAUUAUACUCAUUCUAAUUUUGUAUAUGCACGUAAUCACUCCAGAAUGUAUAUAACUGUUAAAUUUCCUAUUUCUGCACAUGCUAAACCCUUAAACUUGUUCAAAGUUUAUUCUUUACCAGUCCCAGUUAAUAGCACUUCCUCUCACGCUACUAAACUAAUGUCAUUACCUAAAUAUUUUGCCAUCACCAAUAACAAUGAUUUUUAUGCUGCACUGUCCACUGACGACCUUGCUAACUGUAAACAUGGCAUGACACUAUUUUGUUAUACUAAUAUACAACUUACACCAAUUAACCAACCCAGUUGCAUUAUAGCUUUGUUCUCUAAUAAUAUAACAAUGGUAAAACAGUUGUGCAACUUCAGAUUUUUGCUUGAUCACAUAGUUCACAAGGUUAUAGAAUUAACACCAACCUCUGUCCUAGUUUACAAAAGUAACAACGACUUAACACUUAAAUGUCCUGAUAACAGUCAUGUCAUCCCUCCUUGUCCUCUUUGCAUUGUGCAUGUACCUUGUAGAUGCUACAUAUCAUCACACAAACUUUAUUUUGCUCCUAAACUAAUCAAUUGUUAUGAUGAAAAAACAAUGUUAGACACAAAUACAAGUUCUGCACUUUCAGUAUUACACCCAGUAAAUUUGGCAUUAUUAACAGAGUUCUUUGACCAAACUAAACUAAACAACAUAUUAGGUGACACAACAUUUCCAUCACAAGUUGCACUAAAAGUACCUAAUUUUAAAAUUUAUUCACACAACAUGUCAAACAUACUAGUCGCAGACAAACAAGAUCAUCUAAGUCUCAGAAAAAUGGCUCAAGCAGCUAAAAAAGAUGAACAAAUUUUUAAAACUUUGACAGAACCAUUGAUAACAGGUGACAUCAGCCUCAAUAGUGAGUGGCCAGAUCUUAACGCAAUUUUAAUUUUUGUGGCUCUUACAAUAGGAGGUUUAUCAUUCAUAACAUGUAUCUAUUUAUUUUUCAAGGUUCGCAAAAUGGCCAUUGCAAUGCUUAUUUUAAAACAGGUCUCAAAUGUAAAAGCUCAAACUGUACCGUCAUUCAUUUAUAAUGAAAAAGUAACUAAGAUAAAUAGUGAGAAUACUACAGAUUUCAUGUCUUAUAUAACAAAUGAAUUUUCAUGGGUACAUGCUUCUGUUUUACUAAGCAUAAUUGUUUUAUUCAUUCUCAUUAUUAUAAUUGCGUGUAUAUAUAAAAGCAACAAACAAAAGUCUGGAACAAGUUUGGCUGUUGAAAUAACAUGUGGAGGUCAAUGUGUCAUUGUGCAUAUACUCUCAUUAUCUCUGUGUCCAUCUUAUUGGAAUAUUGAUACUCCUAUUAUAAACCGUGUCAGUAUUUCCACUUUUCCAUCUUGUAAACUUUUUGCAACUUGGACAGAUUUUAAUGUCACAAACAAAUUAACCUCUCAGUCAAUAUCAGUUCCAACAAGCAUUCGUCUAAAUUUUCAAACAUGGUAUAAAUUACGUAAAAUAUUACGUCAACCAUUUUGUGCAUAUGUUAUGAUUGUUCACAAUGGAUAUUGUACAAUAUUACCUGGUCAAGAUCAAAUAAAAGAGGAUAACAAAAUCAACACUUUGUAUCCACAAUUGUAAAUGUCAAUUUUUCAGUGAUUGCAUAUUGAUAAAACAUUUUAUAAUUUGAAUACCUUGAUCCACAGUACACCACAAUUGCUUAUACCAUAUAAUGUCAUAUUUUAUUAUGUAUAUAUAUAUAUAUAUAUGUUUUAUUGAAUGUUAAUUUUCAUAUUUUUGUAGUAUGUUUUUUAGGAAAAUUAAAGGAAAGAUAAAUCGUGUUAGGAAGACUGUUUUAAAUCAGUAAGGUACUAUUUCGGGUUAAAUAACAUCUAUAAGUCGCGCGACAUCGUCACAGUCUUAAACCCAUACCAUCUAAAUAGAACUCAAACGUUAAAACACCUUUCUUUCAUAAUUUAGCUUUGGGGUCCAAAGCAAAGGUAGCAAGGGAGAAUUGUCAUAGUGUGUAUUUGUACAUUUUGUAAAUAAAGUUUUAUAGUUUAUAAUCCAGUAAAUAACAAUUUCAUCAAGAAAUUGUUUCUCAUAAUUUAGCUUUGAAAUUUAUAUCUUUCUAAAAUUUGAUUAAUGAAAAUAUUAUAUUUCUUUUUUUAUUAAUAGUCAAAAUUCUAUAAAUCAUUUUAAUAGCUCAAAUUCUUGUUUGUAACAAAGUGUAAAAAGCUUUUGGUCAAAAAGAACAAAAGGGAUUAAUAAAUCUAUUUAUCUCUUUCAUUUUUGUAAGACCUGAUAAUAAGGAAACAGACAAUUAAGUCCCAUUGUGUUACAUAACCAUAAGCUCAGGCCAUACCUUUAGGGGAUUGAGAGUUUAAAUUAUUUACUGACACGAUAAAAAUAUACUUUGUCUUGGAAACAAUUAAGAUUCUUUUAUUUCAUUGGUCAAAUGUUUUAAUUCUUAAUCUGGUAUAAAAAGCUAUGCGUCCCUGGAUGCCGCACUGAUUUUAUGUGCGCAUCCAGAAUAAAGUAUUUGAACUUAUAAAAGUUUUACUUAUACAUUUCAGCCAGCAACCAAAGACCUAGUGUCGUUUCUGUUGUUCGGUUUAACAAUAAGUGAAAGAAAGAACUACAAGUACCCCCGUACUGUACAAAACACCAAAAAUUACAGU